CGGGUGCCCGAGCCGCCGGCUAGCAGCCUCGCUAGGCUCUCUGCCGCGAGCCGCGGCCCGGCCCCGGCCGCGGAGAAGCCGGCGGGCGGAGGAGGCGACGUCCGCCCGAGGCCCCGCGGCGGGAGCGGGCGGAGGCGGAGGCCUUAAAGGACACUUUUGCCUGAUAGAAUGGAUGAGCAGUCACAAGGCAUGCAGGGGCCCACAGCUCCGCCAUUUCAGCCACAGAAAGCCUUGCGACCUGACAUGGGCUAUAAUACGCUUGCCAAUUUCCGAAUAGAGAAGAAGAUUGGCCGUGGCCAGUUCAGUGAAGUUUACAGAGCAACCUGCCUGUUGGAUGGGGUACCGGUAGCACUGAAGAAGGUUCAGAUAUUUGAUUUAAUGGAUGCCAAAGCCCGUGCUGAUUGCAUCAAAGAAAUAGAUCUUCUUAAGCAACUGAAUCAUGCAAAUGUAAUUAAAUACUAUGCAUCAUUCAUUGAAGACAACGAACUGAACAUAGUGUUGGAAUUAGCUGAUGCUGGAGAUCUCUCAAGAAUGAUAAAGCAUUUUAAGAAACAGAAGAGGUUGAUUCCUGAAAGAACAGUUUGGAAGUACUUUGUUCAGCUUUGCAGUGCAUUGGAACAUAUGCAUUCUCGUCGCGUUAUGCAUAGAGACAUAAAGCCAGCUAAUGUGUUCAUUACAGCUACGGGAGUAGUAAAGCUUGGAGACCUCGGUCUUGGCCGAUUUUUCAGUUCCAAAACCACAGCUGCUCAUUCUUUAGUUGGUACACCUUAUUAUAUGUCUCCAGAGAGAAUACAUGAAAAUGGUUACAACUUCAAAUCUGACAUCUGGUCUCUGGGCUGUCUGCUGUAUGAGAUGGCUGCACUGCAGAGUCCCUUUUAUGGUGAUAAAAUGAACUUGUACUCGCUGUGCAAGAAGAUAGAGCAGUGUGACUAUCCACCUCUCCCUUCAGAUCACUAUUCAGAAGAACUGCGACAAUUAGUUAAUAUGUGCAUCAACCCGGAUCCGGAGAAGCGACCAGACAUAACCUAUGUCUAUGAUGUAGCGAAACGUAUGCAUGCACACACUGCGAGCAGCUAAACAGACAUCAGAUCCUGAAGAUCAGAAAUAUUCAAGUAUUUUAAAUAAAUCAUCCCACCUCCUUGUUUUGCAGAAAUGUAAUUAUUUGAAGCUUACUGUUGUGCUUUGUAAACUCAUUUAUAUACAAACUUCAAUGUUUUCUGUUUAUUUUUAUUUUUUUACUUUUUACCAACUUGCAGUUUUAGCGGAUUUAAGUAUGUAAAGCAUAACUUUAAAAGAUACUGAGAACCACUGUUUUCCAUGUUUUGAAUUCAAGUAUAUUUUCUUUACUAACAAAAUGUGUUCAGUUGGGCCUCAGUUUUAAAACACAGUUGCACUUUUGCACAGGAUACAGAUGUUAAGCUUAUGUAGAAGCAAAAUGUCUGAAUCUCACACCUUUUUAGUAAUUUAUAGGAAGUAGGAAUCAGCACAGUUAUGUUUAUUUUAAUCUUAGUUUUAAAAGGGGUAUAAUUAUUAUAGAAGGUUAUUGUAUUUUAUACCAAAUUAUAGUUUGCAGUUCUCAGCACGUGAGUAGACAGAUGACACGAUUAGUUCUGUGCUUGCCAAAUGUGAUGGGAAAAUAGUGGAAAAAAGCCUUACACUGAAAUUACUUUAAUGUCCCUUUUCAUUUUGCUAUUCUGUCAUAAUGCACAUAAAACAUUUGUCGGUGGUUUUAUGGGAAAAUUUAAGGUGUUGAUUCUGCAGUUUGAUCAUUUUCAAUAGCCUUGUGCAGCACUGCCCCGGGGCAAUGUGAGUCUGCAUAGCUGAGUGUUAAAACCAUGCAGAUGCUUCUUGUAGCGAAUGGGGUUCUUUUGGGGCUAGCACGUAUGAGAAGAUCUGAUUAAAAGAUGUUAUCUUUAAGUUACAAAUUUCUGACUGUUUCUGUAAAUGUCACUAUUUGUAGAUUUUUGUAUUUAAAAUAAUUUGACCUUAUAAUACUAUAUUUCAAGAUGCUUUUAAAAUACCAAAAUCUUUUGGAAAAGAUUGUGUACUAAAGCACAAAAUGUAUUCUUCACGAAUAUCAGAUUUUGUGUAUUGUAUCCUAAGAAGUAUCUUUAUAUUUAGCAAAAGUAUAUUUGUGCAUUUAUGUUUAAGAGAAAGUUGCCACUUUCAUUUUCGAAACAAGUGUUGAUGCAAAAUGUCUUACAGAUACUUUAUUAUUAAAAAGGAAAUUCACAAUAUUCUGGUUAAAUCUUAAGACCUCUCUGGUAUGCUUAAUAAUGUUUUCAUUGUUAAGGGAAAAAGGGUAUUUAAAAAUGGAGAUAGGACUCAAAUUUCUUGAAUAUCAGGAUGGAACUUCUUUAGAGAACACACAGAACUAUCAAAACAGAAUUCUUACCAGUGAGAUUGCUAAGAAGCUGUUACUGUCAGUUAAAUCUUUUCAUUAUAUGGGUAAAAAGAAGUUAGUUUAGAGAAAAUCAGCAAUAUAUACAUCCACGUGUAGGUUCUGUAUGCGGUCAGCUCCCUGCACUCUUUUGUUGUUUCUUUUCUUCUCCGUGCAGCUUUUUAUUAGAUGCAAUGCUCAAAGAAUAAAAGUCCAAAUGUGGGAAAUAUCAAGUCAAAUCAGUUGUGUUUUGGGUAGGUGUGUUUUUUUUGUCUCUGUUUUUCUUUUUUAAAUUAGAAACACCAUGGAAAUUCUAUCUAGCAAAAUGCAGGGGCUUUUAAACAGUCUGUGCCAGAUCUUCAUCUUAGUACAUUGUUUUUCUGUUGUUUUGUUUUAAUUUUCAGACUUUGUAGGACAAGUCCUUAAUUUUCCUUCUUGCUGCCGUGUUUACUUGAUCUAGUCUUGUAGGACUCCAGUGGAACAAGGUAUAGGAAGGAAGUGCUUGAGAAACCUUGGUUUGUGUUUAACAACCUCUGUAUUUGCAUUCACGUGUUAUCUGAUAACUGUAUUUUAAACAAAUGAUGGUUACAUUCUAGUUCAGAUGCCGGAGUGAAAUGGCUUUUAUUGGAAAAGGCAGCACGGUACUUGUUUGAUUGCUGCUAUUAGUUUCUAAUAUGCACAAGUACUCAAAUCAUUGUUCCCUGAAAUGGACUAGACUAUUAAACAUCACUGAAAAAAAGCCAACAUAAUUGGGCUAUGUGCAUCUAAUGCAUCAACUAUUAUUACUUUUCCUAAAAGAAACCAAUAUUAGGUUUUUUCUUUUCUGGAAGGAUACUUGGAGUAAAGAAAUAACGAGUUACAAGUUAGCAGAUGUGUAAUUCAUUGGUGUGGGUGGUUUUUUUGUAUUGCUGAUUAAAUUCUGUGCUGAGUAAAAGUAGUAGUUGUUUCUACUUCAAAAUCUGUAGAAUGAGUGGUACAGAUGACUUGGGUACCAAAGUUUGUAUUUGAGUAGCCUCUAUGGGUUAAUGGAACUACUUGCAUAACUGAGGUUCUAGAAUCUAUCCCAUAAGUAAAAGCACCUAGUAACGUAUGAAAAUGAUAAUGUCUGUUGUAAUAAUUCCAUAUGUGCUGUGCUAUGCAUUUUAUAAAAUGUUUCCUGUUAUAGAAACACCAUUCUAUUUUUCAUAUGUUGUUGAUGGUGAUAUUUGGCACUAUUUAUUUAAAAUUAUGGCAUUACAUGUUUGUUUUCUUUAAAAUGAACCUGUUAUAUUUCUAAGCAAAAUGGUCUGACUUGCACCCCCUUUUAUUUCAGUAGUACUACGGUAUUAAAUUGUUUCAUGACUGAACUUUAUGCUUUGAAGGCCAUUGCAUUAAAAUCUUGUCUACUAUCUUGAAAGCUCCCCUGCUGUGCAGUAGCCUAAUAAAAAUAAAGCAUACAGAUAUUAAGUAUAGUGUAAAAAUAA